GAGCCAGGCGUCCUCAGCAUCGGAUGACCGAGCUAUCGAUUCGGGAGUGACAGCAGCUAUGGCGCCUGGCGGAGUGAGAGGGAGGGACACCGGGGACCGGGGUGUGUCUGCUGCGCUGUAAGGUGUCACUGGUGUCCUGAGGGAUUGUGCCCAGCUCUCCUAUGGCGUCGCACUACAAUGCCCCAUUUGAUGAACAGGGUGAAGUGAGGGAGGGGUUCCUCUGUCCAUUAUGCUUAAAAGACCUCCAGUCCUUUUAUCAGCUUCAUUCCCAUUAUGAAGAAGAACACUCCAGCGAAGACAGAGAUGUGAAGGGGCAGCUGAAAAAUCUGGUUCAGAUUGCCAAGAAAGCCAAGGACAAGCUGCUGAAGAAGGAUGGAGGCGAGCGGGCGGAGGGCGGGUCCCAGGAGCGCUAUGAGGCUUUCAGCUAUGGCGGAGUGGAUCCAUGCAUGUGGGACCCCCAGGAAAUAGGGGCCACACGGAGUCACCUGUCUGACUUUAAGCGGCACAGAGCGGCCAGGAUUGAUCAUUAUGUGGUAGAGGUCAACAAACUGAUCAUACGUCUAGAAAAGCUAACAUCGUUUGACCGCAUUAAUACGGACUCCGCCAAGAUAAGAGCUAUAGAAAAGUCUGUGGUGUCGUGGGUGAAUGACCAAGAUGUGCCCUUCUGCCCGGACUGUGGGAAUAAGUUCACUAUACGCAAUAGACGCCACCACUGCCGGCUGUGUGGUUCCAUCAUGUGCAGGCGGUGCACCGAGCUCGUCACCAUUCCAUUUGCCAAUAAGCUAACUAGUGCCAGCAAACACUCACUCUCUGCCCACGCCAGCCCCAACCUGUCCCCAAGCUCCAGCUCUCAGACCUCCCGCCGGGGAAGCAUCAGCAGCAUCAGUAGUGUCAGCUCGGUGCUGGAGGAAAGGGACGACGAUAAGAUCCGCUGCUGCCAGCACUGUAAGGACACGCUGCUGAAGCGGGAGAUGCAGAUGGACGAGAAGGACCACACACCAGACAUCGUCAAGAUCUACCAGCGGCUGCGAGCCUGCAUGGACAAGGUGGAUGAGAAAGCUCCUGAAUACAUCCGGAUGGCACAGUCUAUCAACGCUGGGGAGACAACCUACAAUUUGGACCAUGCCAACAACCUGAGAAUAGAGGUGCAGAGACUCUACGAGCUGAUAGAUGCUUUAAGUAAGAAGAUCCUGAUCCUGGGAAUGAAUGAGGAACCGAAACCCCACCCCAAGCACCUUCAGCUGCAGAAGAUGAUCCGAUACUCGGCGACGCUCUUUGUGCAGGAAAAACUUUUAGGAUUGAUGUCACUGCCGACCAAAGAGAAGUACGAGGAGCUGAAAGAGAAGCGCAGGCAGGAGAAUGAGCAGAAACUGCAGAAAGAACGACAGGCCGCUCUGGAAGCUCAGAAGAAGAGAGAUGAGCGGAGUAGAAACACCCUGCCUCGUGCCUCUGAUGCAAUGAAUGGGGAGCUGCCUCAGAGGCAUCGCAUCCGGAAGGUGGAAGGAUGGCUGCCGACCUCUGGUGUACCCCGUAAUCGAGAGACCUCCGACCCUCUUCUGCAGCAGAUUGAGAACAUCACCUCGUACAUCCUGCAGGCCCGAGCGGCUGGGCGCGUAGAUGAGGUUCAGAUGCUGGAGGAGAACCUGAGGCAGCUACAGGACGAGUAUGACCAGCAGCAGGUGGAGACGGCCAUUCAGAUGUCCAAGGAGCUGGCGGAGGAAGAGGCUAUGCAGAUGGAGCAGCUUGAGGUGCUGAGAAAGAGAGAGGUGAGCAGGGAGCAGAAACGAGGGCUGGCCCAGCACAACAGAACUCAUUCCUUGGAUUUCAGAGAGCAGAGCCAGCUGGCCGUAUGGCAGGACAAACAGACAUCAGCGCUAGAUCUCCAGCUCCCGAAACGGGAUGUUCUCACCCUACAGCUUACCCUGCCGGUGUCUCAGGGUCCUCUGGAGACCACAGCCGUUCCCCCUUUGCGCAUCUCCCCCGUUCUCCCUAAAGUUGACGUGAACAAAGCAGUACUCUUAAACCCAUUUGAGAAUGAGGAAGAGGGUCCGGCUUCACCCCUUUCAGACCCAAUUCAGCAGAAUGGCAACAGGGAAUAUAAUCCGUUUGAUGAAGAGGACGAGGAAAAGCCAGAGGAGCAAGUAGGAGGCAACGUCGGCCCAACACCAGCCUACUCCAAUCCCUUUGAAACCUCACCAGAUAAUGACUGGAAGCCGUCGGCAUCAAAAAACCCCUUUGAGGAGGAUGAGGAAGCUUGUCCAGGGAACCCGUUUGAGGAGCCAGAUUCAGGAGCGAAUGCGGAGGACGCGAUCGAUGAAGAUUUACUUCUACAGCAGAUUGAUAACAUCAAGGCAUACAUAUUUGAUGCCAAGCACAGUGGCCGACUGGAUGAGGUGGAGGUCCUGACUGAAAACCUGAGGGAACUGAAGAAGACUCUGGCCAAGCAGAAGGGGCAGACAAAUUGACCAUGACAGGACACUGGAUGGGUCAGACGCCAGUCUCUCUCAUCCAUUUAUUGGUUUGUAACCAGCAGAGCCUACGAUAUCAAAAGCGUUAACCAGAUUAUACCAUUGUGCUUCAGAACACUAAGUUGGGGGGCUUUUGCCUUCAGGGACAUGUGAAACAUCAGAACAGAUUGGAUGGGUCAGAGAUAGGAUGAAUGGAGCAAGAGAAUGAAGGAUGAACCCUUAUCCUACCGCACUGCAAUGGCCACUAAGUCCCGACUGUAUUGCAAAGGCUUCAGUCUAUGAGCCUGUUACAGCCAUUACUCGCUGGCGGAACCAGCCACUGUCCGAAUGAUCAAAGCUACUUGGAACACGAGAACGGACUGUGAUGUUAAUGGUAAAAGCUACCUCGGUGUGAUUAGACAGAUGAGAUGUUACAACUCAAAUGCACUACACGGUAAAGGAGUGCGAUUAGGAAGUGAGACUGUACAAUAUUGUGACGUUAGGGAAGUUGCUGAUCUCCUGGAACGAAUGUAUUGGAUGUAGAAGAUUUCCAGACACCAGAUAAUACCUGAAUCCGGAACACAUUCACGUGAGCCGCACACAGCAGACCCCUAAACACUGACGACCUUUGUCACAUCAGCUGGCGCUGCAUUCCUCCUCUCUGGGAGCUCAGCCAGCCAUUAACAAAGGUGAAAGAGUAAUUGCACUAUUCCUGUGUUCCGUACAGGAAUGCAGGACUGGUAGAGGAUCAUAACCACACGAACAAUGGUGCCGCAACGGCGCCGUCCUGUGUUCCUGCACAUGCUGGCGCAGAUGAGGUCUCCCUGCAUGACCAAAAAUGCUGCCUACUUCUACACUAAGUCAUGUAUGGUAAUCCUGCAGACAGCAUGUACCCAGCGCCGUCCUGCGACAUGCACUGCGCCCGCUGGUCUUUUCCUGAGCUGAUGGAGCAUUCUGCCAUGUGCAGCCCCGUUAUGCCAAGCCACGGUAGAAGAGGGUCACUCAAGGCUGAGCCUUCUCUAGGCGGAGGAGACCAAACCAGAAG